AUGCCUCCUCCCGUUGAAGAUAUGUCCGAUGAGGAAUCCGGCGAUAUUCCUUUCAGAAAUGCGCCUGAGGCAAAUGGCAAAGAUGACCAGGACUCCCCGGAAGACGAAGGAGACGAAGAGGAGGAGGAUGACGAGGAAGAGGGACUCUAUGUUGUCGAGAGUAUUCGUGAUCACGCGUGGCUUGAUGAUGGAACCCUUAAGCUCUUCGUGAAAUGGAAGGGUUACGACAAGAUCGAAGACCACACAUGGGAAGAGGAGGAUGGUCUCAUGGAGGGAGCCCGAGACGUUGUCACAGCUUACUACAAGAAGAUCGGUGGUCGCCCGAAGAAGGACGAAGAGAAGCCCGCGGCAGGAAAGCCAGGUCGCAAGCGUAAAUCUAUGGGUGAUUCAAAGCUUGCUAAGGCUGUACCGGACCCCGCAGCGAGCGAAGCCAAGAGACAGCGCCGAAAGUCAGCGCCCAAGCAGACGACCAAGCAAGAUUCCCCCUCAUCCGAAGAAAAUGGCAUUCAAUGGCUUCCAAAGGGGAAGAACUGGGAUAACGAUGUGAAAGAGGUGGACACAAUUGUCCGGGAGGGCGACGCAGGUCUCAUGGCCUGGCUCGAGUUCAACAAUGGACGCAAGGCGAAACUGUCUGUCCAGGUCUGCUAUGAAAAGUGUCCUCUGAAAAUGCUCAAGUUUUACGAAUCGCACCUUGUCUUCAAGGAUAAUUAA